AUGUGGCUGUGUUUUACAUCCUGUGGCUACAGCUGCAGAACACAGGGGUCAGAGCAGAGCCCUGUGCUCACAGGGUCAGAACAGAGCCCUGUGCUCACAGGGUCAGAGCAGAGCCCUGUGCUCACAGCGUCAGAGCAGAGCCCUGUGCUCACAGGGUCAGAGCAGAGCCCUGUGCUCACAGGGUCAGAGCAGAGCCCUGUGCUCACAGGGUCAGAGCAGAGCCCUGUGCUCACAGGGUCAGGGCAGUACAAAGGGACGACAGCAUGUACCCAGCACAUUCACAUCGGAGGCUGUCCCUUCGGAGUCUACACUGCGACACACUCCACAGAGAGUAUAGUCUACACUGCGACACACUCCACAGAGAGUAUAGUCUACACUGCGACACACUCUACAGAGAGUAUAGUCUACACUGCGACACACUCCACAGAGAGUAUAGUCUACACUGCGACACACUCUACAGAGAGUAUAGUCUACACUGCGACACACUCUACAGAGAGUAUAGUCUACACUGCGACACACUCUACAGAGAGUAUAGUCUACACUGCGACACACUCCACAGAGAGUAUAGUCUACACUGCGACACAAUCCACAGAGAGUAUAGUCUACACUGCGACACACUCCACAGAGAGUACAGUCUACACUGCGACACACUCCACAGAGAGUAUAGUCUACACUGCGACACACUCUACAGAGAGUAUAGUCUACACUGCGACACACUCCACAGAGAGUACAGUCUACACUGCGACACACUCCACAGAGAGUAUAGUCUACACUGCGACACACUCCACAGAGAGUAUAGUCUACACUGCGACACACUCCACAGAGAGUAUAGUCUACACUGCGACACACUCUACAGAGAGUAUAGUCUACACUGCGACACACUCCACAGAGAGUAUAGUCUACACUGCGACACACUCUACAGAGAGUAUAGUCUACACUGCGACACACUCCACAGAGAGUAUAGUACUACAGGUACAACAAGUACUACAGGUACUACAGGUACAACAAGUACUACAGAUACUACAGGAGGACCUACUAGAGAAGGACCUACAGAUACUUCAGGUACUACAGGUACUACAGGUACAACAGGUACAAAAGGAGGACCUACAGGUACUACAGGAGGACCUACUAGAGAAGGACCUACAGGUACUUCAGGUACUACAGGUACUACAGGUACAACAGGUACAAAAGGAGGACCUACAGGUACUACAGGAGGACCUACAGAAGGACCUACAGAAGGGACCUACAGGUACUACAGGAGGCCCUACAGAAGGACCUACAGGUACUACAGGAGGACCUACGGGUACUACAGGAGGACCUACAGGUACUACAGGAGGCACUACGGGUACUACAAGAGGACCUACAGGUACUACAGGAGGACCUACAGAAGGACCUACAGAAGGGACCUACAGGUACUACAGGAGGACCUACAGAAGGACCUACGGGUACUACAGGAGGACCUACGGGUACUACAGGAGGACCUACAGAAGGACCUACGGGUACUACAGGAGGACCUACGGGUACUACAGGAGGACCUACGGGUACUACAGGAGGACCUACAGGUACUACAGGAGGACCUACAGAAGGACCUACGGGUACUACAGGAGGACCUACGGGUACUACAGGAGGACCUACAGAAGGACCUACAGAAGGGACCUACAGGUACUACAGGAGGACCUACAGAAGGACCUACAGGUACUACAGGAGGACCUACAGAAGGACCUACAGGUACUACAGGAGGACCUACAGAAGGACCUACAGGUACUACAGGAGGACCUACGGGUACUACAGGUACUACAGGAGGACCUACAGAGGGACCUACCAAAGGACCUACAGGUACUACAGGAGGACCUACAGGAGGACCUACAGGAGGACCUACAGGUACUACAGGAGGACCUACAGGUACUUCAGGAGAACCUACAGAAGGACCUACAGAAGGACCAACAGGAGGACCUACAGGUACUACAGGAGGACCUACAGAAGGACCAACAGGAGGACCUACAGGUACUACAGAAGGACCUACAGAAGGACCAACAGGAGGACCUACAGGUACUACAGGAGGACCUACAGGAUGACCUAUAG